AUGACAGCUAGAACACACAUUGGAAAGAUUGUAAUCGAUUAUGAAAAUGUUGAACAUGAUCUGUUGGAACCACUCUUACAACCAGACAACAAGAGAGUGGAAAAGAAGAAUUAUAAUCUCGAUGGUAUUCAAGAUACUCUACUCAUCACAGGUCAAACUGGAUUGGCAGCACAAUGUCUUCAAUACAUUAUCAAUCAUUCCGAUCAUCUAAACGAUAUUAUCGUUGUUUCAUACUCCAAACCAAAAUAUGAAAUACAACUAUUAAUGAAUGAUUGUAUUAGAAGGAAAAAAGGAGGAUCAAGAGGCGACAACAAGGCAUCGGCGUUGGUUAAUAUACAUUUAUUGCAAUGUGAUGUUGGCAAUUAUCAACAAUUGUAUGAAUGCGUCACCAAGUUGUACUCGAGCAACACAUCGAUCAAACCGGUGAAAUUUGUGAUACUCACUGCGAAUGUAUAUUCGAGUAAAUUGGCAGAUGAUAUAGACCACGAAGAACACCACAAAGUCAUGUCGGCCAAGGCCAUCGGAGCAUUGAACCUUCACGAACUGUUUAUUCAACUCGGAUGGCAAUUGACACACUUUAACAUGUUUUCAUCGAUAUCGACGAUGCUCAAAGGUGUCAAUACCACGUAUGGUGUAUCAAACACAGUCUUGGAUCUCUUGGCUAAAUAUCGAAGCAACAAUCUUGGAAUGCAAGCCACAUCGAUUGCAUGGGGAUCAGUAGGAUCAGCAGGAUAUUUAUCAUAUGAAAAAGGAGCAAGUGUCAAUCUAACAUCGAUUGGUGCAGAAUUGUUACCUACCGCUCCAUCCAAAAAGUUCAACUUUAUUAAAAUAUAUGAUGGUGAUUUUGAAAGAAUACUCGGUCACGUGCCAAGACAAGAGCAUCGAUUCCAACACCUGGUCAAACAGAUCAAGAAUCAAACAAAAACAACAACAUCGAGCAGUACCACCAAUGAUAUUGUGAUUGACUAUAUCUCUGAAGUAGUAUCCAUCAGCAGAGAUGGACUAUCACUUGACACCAAACUCAAGGAUUAUGGCGUCGACUCGAUGAUUGCCAUUCAAAUCAAAUCAUGGGUCGAUAGAGAAUUCAACAAACAGAAUCUAUUUAAUCAAUCUCAAAUAUCAAAUGGUACUAUUAAUGAAAUACUUCAAACUUUGAAUACAUAA